AUGCGCCGUUCGAAUCUACUCCUACUGGCCGCGAUCCAGCUCGCCGGAGCUCGUUCGCCCGGCUUCAGCAUCCACGAGGACCUGCUGACGUUCCCUCAGUUUGAGGUUGUGUUUUCCCAAGAGUACAUCACCGAGAAAGAUGCGGAUGCCAUACUAGAGAAGCAGAGAAACCAGCCCUCCUUCUGGGCUGGGUUUGAGCAAUCUAUCCUCGAAUACGAAGCUAGCCAGGCCAGCCCCGGCGCCGAUGAUGGCCCUAAGAAGGAGGAAAAGGAAGAGCCAAAGGAAGAACCAAAACAUGAACCAGAGCAAGAAACAGAGCAAGAAUACACCUAUGAGCUCAUGAAGCUACCUCCUCAUCAAUACCUCUGCUCGAUCCCCGUUAUUUACCCCUCCUCUACCGACGACAAGACAGCCAACGAGCUCGCCAAGGCCGAGGAGGCACGCGAGCUGAGCCGCGCGACCACAAGCGGAUGGGACCUCGUCGCCGAGAUCGAGGAAUCGUGCCUGUACUUUAUGUCGGGAUGGUGGAGCUACAGCUUCUGCAAGAACCGCGAAAUCGUCCAGUUCCACGCCCUGCCGUCCGUCCCCAACGGCCAACCCCCCAAACGCGAUCCUAACACUGCCGCGUACGUGCUCGGUCAGACGCCCACGAUCCCCGCGGCCGCCGCGUACCAGGCCAAACAGAAUGGCGACGGCGCGCCGCCACCCGCUGAGCUGCAGGUUAAGGGUGACCAGCGAUAUCUGGUGCAGCGGCUGGAGGGAGGCACGCAAUGCGAUUUGACAGGGAGGGACCGUACUAUCGAGGUGCAGUACCACUGCGUCCCGGGCUUGAAGAACGACAGAAUUGGGUGGAUUAAGGAGGUUACCAUCUGCGCGUAUCUCAUGGUGGUUAACACCCCCCGUCUAUGUAACGACGUGGCCUUCUUGCCGCCCGAGGAGACCCGAGCCGACCCCAUCAACUGCCAGCUCAUCGUUGACAAUGAUGCCACUCCCCCGUUGCUGGAACAGGAGAAGCUGUAUGAAGAACCCGUUGCCCAAGAGAACAAAGCGACCCAAGAGCAGCCGGUGGCAGAGGGUGACGUCACCGAAACCCUCCCAGCGAAAAAGGAGGUCAACGUCGGCGGUGUCAUCGUCGGCGCACGCAAAGUUCUCUCCGGCGCCGAUGAGGUCGGCAAGCCCCCCGCGAAGCUCACGCCGCCCAAGAGCUACUUCUCCAACCAGGACACGGACGGCCAGCGCUUCAUCGAGAUGGUGGCGCAAGGCAAGAGCGCAGCCGACGGCGGCGAAGUCACCUCGAUGAGCGACGAAGAGCUCGUUAAGCAGGAGCUGAAGCCGGACGUCGUCGCGGACAUGAUCAAAGAGAUGCAGAAGCUCGCCGGCGUCGACAGCUGGAAGCUCGAGCUUGUCGAGCUGCCCGGCGGAGUGCGGGAGCUCCGGGGAUACAUCGACGAACCGGAAGCCGGCAAGGGGAAGGCGACGGAUGCAAAGCCUGCGAAGGCUGCGGACGCUGGAGAUUCUAAGGGGAAGCAAAAGGAGGAGGACGGGAGUGAGGAGAAGUUCUUCAAGAACAAGGAUGAGUUGUAG